GCCUAAACAGACAUUUUAAAAUUGGCGCGACAACUCUGACGUCAACAAGGCGACCUUGGAAGGCAAGAUGGUGGACCUGGUAGACGAUCAUUCCAUGGAGUGCGAUAAUAUGGGGUUGUUACCAGAGAAAACGCCCGAAGAGCUGGCUGAGUUGAAAAAGGAAAGCGGUAAUCAAAAAUACAAAUUGAAGGACUACAAAUCCGCGCUAGGAUUCUAUGCCGAAGCAAUUGACUUGUGUCCAACAACCGCUGCGUAUUACGGCAAUCGUUCAGCAUGUUAUCUAAUGCUGAGCAAGUACAGAGAGUCUCUGGACGAUGCACGCAAAGCAGUUCUUUUGGAUCCCUCCUACGAAAAGGGAUACAUCCGGAUAUUGAAAUGCGCAAUUGCCCUGGGCGAUGUAAUGACCGCAGAAUCCGCUAUCGCUUGCAUUCAAGAGAAGGUAAUCGAUCCAUCAAUCGCAACAGAAAUCAAGCAAGUCGAAACACUCAAGCAGUAUGAAACUGCCACAGCCAAAGCAUAUGAAACCAAGGACUACCGAAAGAUUGUUUUCUGCAUGGAUAGAUGUCUGGACCACGCUCCGACUUGUGCAAGAUACAAGGUGUGCAAGGCGGAGUGUCUUGCCUUCCUGGGACGCUACGAUGAGGCGAGCGAGCUUGUCAACGGUGUCCUGCACUUUGAUAAAACCAACGCAGACGCUAUUUACGUACGCGGCGUUUGCUUGUACUACGACGAUAAUAUUGACCAAGCAUUCAAUCAUUUCAUCCACGUACUUCGUCUCGCCCCUGAUCACGAAAAGGCGAAAGCAAUUUACAAACGCGCCAAACAAUUGAAGAAGACCAAAGAAGAGGGUAAUGAGGCAUACAAACAGAACCGCAUCAAGGACGCUUGCGAUUUGUACUCACAAGCAUUACAGAUUGACCCAUUGAAUAAGAAGACCAACGCCAAGUUAUACUUUAAUCGCGCGGUAGCGUUAGGAAAGCAGGGAAAGAACCGGGAAGCUAUCGCCGACUGCACUUCGGCGUUGCAACUUGAUAGUAAAUACGUGAAGGCUAUUAUGAAACGGGCGAGACUCUAUAUGGAUGUAGAAGAAUACGAAGAGGCCGUUAAGGAUUACGAAACAUUAUGUAAAAUGGACAAGAGCAGAGAAAAUAAGAGAUUAUUACAAGAUGCCAAAUUUGCUCUCAAGCGCUCUAAGCGUAAAGACUACUAUAAAAUUCUCGGUGUGGAGCGCUCCGCAAGCGAUGACGAAAUUAAAAAAGCAUACCGAAAGCGCGCUCUCAUUCAUCAUCCUGAUCGUCAUGCAAGCGCUUCGGAUCAAGAAAAGAAGGAUCAGGAAAAGAAGUUUAAAGAGCUUGGUGAAGCAUACAGCAUUCUUUCGGAUCCGAAAAAGAAAGCGCGUUAUGAUAGUGGGCAAGACAUGGACGAGAUGGACGGAAUGCACGCCGAUUUUGAUCCGGGACAAAUGUUCCAGGCGUUUUACACUGGCGGGCAUGGUGGCCCUGAGUUUGCCUUUGGCGGUGAGAACAAUGGCUUCCCGGGCGCCUUUACCUUCCAGUUUUCGUAGGUAUGCAAAUGACGGAGGAAUUCGGCGCGGGUCGCUGUCAGAAUGAUAAGACUACAUUCCAGUCUUGAUCAGCGCACCACCACCGGGACGUGAAAUAUCCCCCUAACUCUUUUCGACUCCCCCAAUCAUAAAUUUCUCGUUAAUUUGUGGCAUUGACAUCCUCGCUGCUUUAAGUUUACUCUGGUUGCAUAUGAACAUUCAUUGACAGCGUAACGGUAGUGAUAAUGUAUUCUUAAGAGCAAAUUAUGAUUUUGUUGAUAUACUCUCGAUUUUUGUUGUUGGUUUUUCUUCGAUUUCUUUUGAAAAUACAGUUUUUUCCGAGAAUUAAAAUUUUCCUUUAGCAGAUUGGUUCCAGUAAUGUGCGGUUAGAUGGCGCCAUGGGGAUUGAAUUUUGUAUUUUCUUCACGCUUCAAGUUUAUUUAAAAUGUAUAACUUUUUUAUAAUAGUAUAACUUUUUUUGUUUGUUGUGAAA